UAGAGCAAACCGAAAUGAGAUGACCGUCUUCAGAGCUCUAUAGACACCGCCCUGACGUUCCCAGAUCCAGCAUGUUACAGGGGUUCAGCAAAGCGGGGUUUCCGGAUGGUGGAAUGUUCCGCAAACGCCUCGAAAAGGUGAUUCUCCUUUUGUGUUUGUCAGUAACCACCGCUGUGCUCGUUUACUGGAGGGUCCACAAUCAAGAGCUCGCGACCAUCAUCAUUGAACAGGCAAUCGAAGACCCCUAUUUGAGUCUCCCCUCCAACGUGAAAGAAAACGGGGCGUGGGUGGACCGCCUUCCUCGGGGUGUCGUGGUGUGGAGUCAACCUUUGGCCGGGUCUUUGGGUGUUGGGAAGCUGUUGACGUCUGGUCUGAAGAAUUCUUUGGUCAGCUUCGAGCCCUUCGCCCCCGAGCAGCCGAUCCACCGCGCGCCCGAGGACAACACCACCCUCCACCACCACCGGCUGAGCCUCCUGAACGAUCUUCUUCACUGCCGCUACUUCAGACACAAGGACCUCGUCGACCACCUGUCCAGUCGCUCGAGUUUCCUGUCACACAAUUCUUUUCUGAGGUCACGCUGUGUCUCUGUGCCGGAAAAAUGCCUCAGCAACGGCACUUUCAUCAGCCACAUUUGCCACGAAGCUUCCGUUCACUUCCUGAAG